UUUCUGACAUUUUCUCUGUUACACGCUUUCCUUCUUUCUUUCUUCUUUUUUCCAUUUUUAUUAUUUUUACGAUUUGUGAAUUUUUUUUUUCCGGCGAUGGCGUCAACGUCGGGGGAAAUGGAGCAAUUAACAUCAGGAGCGAGCAAUCGGAUAAUUUUUAUAUUGAGAACGCUAAGGAAGUGUCUCGUCUUCGUUCUCUCUCUCGUUCUUUCUCUUCUCCUCGUUCUCCGUCUCCGUCCUCGUCGCCGUGUCUCGCCUCUUUCAACGCCGGAAGAGGAGGAUGAGGAGGAAAGAGAGGAGGCUGAUCCUGCUCCUUCGAGAAGAUGGAGACGGAAGAUGGCUUGGAAGCUCGAGGAGGAAGAUACGGCUAGACGUCGUUCGUUAGCGGAAGGCGUUGAGAUGUUCGGAGAUGGAGAGAUCUCUUGUCGUUGGAACAGUUCUUUGUUUUACGGUCGUCGUGGUAACGCUUUGUUCUCUCGCUCUUGGUUGCCUCUCUCCGGCGAACUUAGAGGGAUUUUGAUUAUUAUCCAUGGAUUGAAUGAACACAGUGGAAGGUAUUCUCAAUUCGCUAAGCAGCUAAACGCGAGUCAUUUAGGUGUAUAUGCUAUGGACUGGAUUGGUCACGGUGGGAGUGAUGGUUUGCAUGGCUAUGUUCCUUCUCUUGAUUAUGUUGUUGCCGACACCGAAGCUUUCUUGGAAAAGAUUAGGUCUGAGAAUCCGGGGGUACCGUGUUUCCUCUUUGGUCACUCUACUGGUGGAGCUGUGGUUUUGAAGGCAGCUUCAUCUCCCUCUAUUGAAGAUAUGUUAGCUGGCAUUGUCCUGACAUCGCCUGCACUUCGUGUCAAACCCGCUCAUCCCAUUGUCGGGGCAAUAGCUCCAAUCUUCUCAUUGGUCGCUCCAAGGUUCCAAUUUAAAGGAGCAAACAAGAGAGGCAUUCCGGUCUCAAGAGACCCUGAAGCUCUCUUAGCCAAAUACUCUGAUCCGUUAGUCUACACGGGUCCAAUAAGAGUCCGAACAGGCCAUGAGAUUCUUCGCAUAACAGCUUACUUGACCAGGAACUUCAAGUCUAUUACAGUGCCUUUCUUUGUUCUCCAUGGUACAGCGGACAAAGUCACUGAUCCACUAGCUUCACAAGAUUUGUAUAAUCAGGCACCAUCAGUUUUCAAAGACAUCAAACUCUACGAUGGUUUCUUACACGACCUUCUCUUUGAACCUGAGCGUGAGGAUGUCGGUCGUGAUAUCAUCGACUGGAUGAUGAAGCGGCUUGAUGUUGUUAACGGAUCAGCCCCUGGCCUCUGGUAGAAGAUCAAAUGCGACAUAUCAGAGGUCUUCUUCUUCUUCUCUAGGUGGUAGUUGCGAUACAAAUGGUGUGAUUGUAAAAUCAGAAGCCAAGUGUAGGAGAUACAUAUACAAUGGUUUUAAUCUAUGAAUUGUUUGAUUAUUGAAGAUUUUCGUAUGAAGAUAGAUUUGUGAAUGCAUACAUAUUAUAUCAGU